GCACGUUGCGUUCGGUCAUUUUGUCCCGCGACAUCUGAUACGUUGGUUGUGGUGUUCACUUGUCACGAAGAAGCUACGUUAUCGGCAACAAGGAAGUCUUGUUCACAUAGUUUCUAAGUCAUAUCUUAUGAUCAUCGGUUGUUUGAAAACUCAAAGAAUCCUCGUGAAAAUACAAAUACACUCAAACAAUGGCAGACUAUGUCAUCUAUGGCACGAAACCGACUGAUGUUCCGGUACCCGAUGAUGGUCAUUCUGCUGCUCAGUUAUUCGCCUCAGGAGACGGUCUCACAUACAAUGAUUUCAUUAUUCUACCGGGUUAUAUCGAUUUUACUGCCGACGAGGUAGAUCUCUCUUCUCCGCUGACCAAAAAAGUUGUAAUUAAAGCUCCACUCGUUUCGUCCCCUAUGGACACUGUUACUGAAUCCGACAUGGCCAUUGCCAUGGCUCUUUGCGGUGGCAUCGGUAUCAUACAUCAUAAUUGUUCACCCGAGUAUCAGGCUACUGAAGUGCAAAAGGUAAAAAAAUAUAAGCAUGGUUUCAUUAGAGAUCCUGUUGUAUUAUCUCCAAAUCACACGGUCAGUGAUGUUCUCAAUGUUAAAGCAGAGCAUGGAUUCUGUGGUGUCCCCAUCACAGAAAAUGGAAAGCUUGGAGGUAAACUUGUUGGUAUUGUUACAUCUAGAGAUAUUGAUUUUCUUGAAGAUUCACCGAACCAACAAAAUCUAAAGCUAGAAUCUGUAAUGACAAAAUUUGAAAACUUAAUUACUGCAACAUCUGGUGUAACCUUGCAAGAAGCUAAUGUCAUUUUGGAAAAAUCAAAGAAGGGUAAAUUGCCCAUCAUAAAUGAAAAAUGUGAACUUGUAUCCUUGAUGGCGAGAACCGAUUUAAAGAAAAAUCGCAGCUAUCCAAAUGCUAGUAAAGAUGAAAACAAACAAUUGUUAGUUGGAGCAGCAAUCGGAACGCGUGCUGAAGAUAGGCAAAGGUUACAGUUGUUAGCAUCAGCUGGCGUUGACGUAGUUGUACUUGAUUCGUCUCAAGGCAACUCAAAAUAUCAAAUCGAAAUGAUUAAAUAUAUCAAAUCGAAAUUCCCUGAACUUCAAAUUAUUGCUGGUAACGUGGUAACGACGAUGCAAGCGAAGAAUCUCAUAGAUGCUGGCGCUGAUGGUUUACGUGUGGGUAUGGGAUCUGGAUCAAUCUGUAUUACACAGGAAGUUAUGGCGGUUGGUCGACCACAGGCUACAGCGGUGUACAAAGUCUCUGAAUAUGCCAGGAAAUUUGGAGUCCCAGUUAUUGCUGAUGGAGGUAUACAAUCCAUUGGACAUAUCAUCAAAGGACUUAGCUUAGGUGCUAGUACAGUUAUGAUGGGAUCUCUAUUAGCUGGCACAUCUGAAGCACCAGGAGAAUACUUUUUCAGCGAUGGAGUGCGCUUGAAAAAGUAUCGUGGGAUGGGAUCCCUGGAAGCUAUGAAUCGCAAAGAUGCCAAAGGUUCUGCUAUGGAUAGAUACUUUCACAAUGAAAUGGAUAAAAUGAAAGUAGCUCAGGGCGUCAGUGGAUCAAUUGUUGACAAAGGAACUAUAUUGAAAUUCCUUCCCUAUUUGCAAUGUGGAAUUAAACAUGGCUGUCAAGACAUUGGAGUAAAAUCACUGUCAGCUUUAAGAUCUAUGAUGUAUAGUGGAGAAUUAAAAUUUGAAAGAAGGACACAUUCGGCUCAACAAGAAGGAAAUGUUCAUGGUUUGUUCUCAUAUGAAAAAAGGCUCUUUUAAACAUGGAUUCAAACUAAUCUGUAUAUUGUAAAAAGUACCUGCAUUUCUUUACAUGUGACUUACGUCGCAGGUAAAGGAAGAGACGGUUUGUAAGCGAUCGAAGUAACUUGAUAAUAUUUUUCGGAUAUUAUUCUCGAUUGCAAGUACAGCCGUGGAUUUAACAAUUCCUCGAAUGCCAAUUGAAAAUGAAAAACUGACAUUGGUGAGGGAUUUUAUCACUGUUAGAUCCAUUAGAAUUGAUAGCAAAGUCUUUCCAUAUUAUAGAUGCAAGAUAUUCUAUAAGCACUUACAUAAUGAUACAUAAGAGCCUUUCUGUAUAUUUGUAUAGAGUAGGUCAAUUGUAUAUGAGAUUUUAUGAAUGUCAUGUUUUAUCCAUAAUUUACCAUGACCUGAUUCAUCUAUGAUUAGUAAAGCAGUAUAUGAACAGUUGAUAUUAUGAUAAUAAUUUUUUGGGCAGAGAAAGUAUAAAAUUAUGGAUCAGCUAAAUUACUGAAUUUUUGUUUGACGACUGAAGUAUAUUCAUCAAUACAUUUUAUAAAAUUAACAACUGCUUGAUUGCUAAUAACGUUUACAACAAUUACGGAAGUGCGUAAUACAGUAUUUUAUCGUUAUACCGUUAUAUUAAUGUUAUUCUUUGCAAUUAGGUGAGCUUCCAUUAAAGUGAUUUCAUAUCCGAUGCUGUUUAAAAAACAAUUAUCUCAUCUUUUGUGUUUAUUUUGAAGCAGAUGGAUAAUCGGGGGUUAAAAAAGGAAUCUUUUACACCGAAAUAUUUGACUAAGUCAAUACAUUUUAUAAUUUUACUAUUGUAAUGUGAAGCAUUGUAUAAGUGCAAAUUUUAUUCAACACUGCAAAACAUAUUUUGUAAAGAUAUAAUGACCAACUGUAUGUCUAAAAUUAUAAAUCAAUGUUGAAAGUAUAAAA